AUGUCUGCUCCCUCUCCUGUUCACAUUCUGAGACAACAUAAUGCGCAGAUCAGCGCACUCGCUUUCUCAUCUGACAACCGCUUAAUCUACUCUGGCGACUCAGACGGCAUGGUGUGCAUCAUUUACUGCAGGACCUUGCGGCCGAUUUCCCUUUGGCACGCGCAUGACGGCAAUAUACUGGGUGUCGAAGAAUGGGAUGACAAGAUCAUCACACACGGGAGGGACAAUAAACUUCACGUUUGGCGCGCGCCAACAAUCAUCCAAACUAUUUCGGACAGCACCUCGACAGAAUUGGAGCAUCCUCAACUUCUGUACUCGCUCGAUGUGAAUGCUCUGAAUUACUGUCGAUUCUCUCUACUUCAUGGCUCGCCCACGGACCAAUCCAGUCGCACUACUGCUCUUGUCUCCCUUCCAAAUCUCAUAGACUCUGACUUGGCUGAUGUAUGGGAGCUACCCUCUUGCGAGAGACUUCAUGCUGCUGUCGGUAAGGCAAGUCAAGCGCCCGCCACACUUGACGGAACAGGACGUACCAAGACAGGUAUUAUUAUGUCUAUGCAUUUGUUUCGUGCACCUGCAGGGCUGGGGUCAAGAAGCGGGCAACUCCGGAUACUGGCUGGCUAUGAGGAUGGAAGCGUAAUGUUACACGCCUACGAUGGCAACGCCUCCACAUCCAUUGACGGGCAAGGGUGGGUGGAUCUAUGGACAUGUAAAAUCCAUCGCGAAUCCGUUAUGCACUUGGCGAUCAGUCCAGAUUUGGCCUUCUGUCUCACUGUAUCUGCGGAUCAUCUGAUUGGCAAAAUCCAUUUGAAGGACAAUAUUUCCGAGGAACGGUCCAUGGUACAUCGGACGAAGCAUCCAGGUAAUGCUGCAGUUGUCAUUCGUUCAGACGGUCGUGUCUGCGCCAUUGCAGGAUGGGAUGGGAGCGUGCGAUUGUAUUCAACAAAGACCUUUAAAUCUCUUGGCACGUUAGCAUACCAUCGGGACAGUUGUUACGCGGUUGCGUUUGCAAGUCUCCACCCUAACAAGCACGAAAAGACUGCAGUCGAUGAGGAUGAAGAUGAGGAUGAGGAUGAAGACGCUGAGAAGAGGACACGGUGGUUGAUCGCUGGAAGCAAGGAUACCAGAAUCAGUGUUUGGGAGCUGAUGGACUUCGACCGAAAGAGAGUUCGCCCUGUGUAG